CGCCCUCCUUCACUGCUGGAGGCCAAUGUGACGGCGUGAGUACCUGAGGAUUGAAGGUUAUCGCUUCUGUCAACAGCGUCAUGGGGGUCUCCGGGUCCAGCCUGUUGGAUGAAAACAAGUCCACACACAUCAAAGGCCAGGCUGAGGCUGUUCUAAAAGAGUUCAGUCUGUACUACAGGAAACAGUUCUCUGUGGCUUGGUUCUCUCAGGUGGAAGAUGAUCUGGGACAGCAGAAACAGAAGAUCACACAGCUGCUCAAACAGAGGGGGGCUUCAGAGGAGGAUGAGGCGCUAUAUGAGGAAAGUGUCCUUUACUUUGAUGACACCAGAAAGUGGCGGGAGCGGUACGUGGUGGUGCGAGCCAACUACUGCCUGGAGUGUCACGACAGCCUGCAGACCUUUGUUGAAGGCGUUCCUGCACACCAAAUGCUGCUGCCUACAGGGGGCAAGAUUCUGACCACAGAGGAGGAAUACAUGGCCAUUGUGGACAAAUGCUUUCCUGAUGAAAACAGUGCAAAAGAGGACUUUGCUCCACCGCUGUCGGGAAUGCCAGGACAGUUUCCGGUCUACCUGCAUUUGCCCUACAGGAGUGACUCCUACUUCUGCUUCAAACAGCAGGCCAAACAGGCUGCAUUCAUCUCUAUCCUGUCACACUGCAUCAGACACCAGAACCUAGACUUCUUGAAGAAAAAGACUUGUGAAGUUCAGGCCUUCUUCAAAGCCAUCCAGUUCUACAGACAGGACAAAGGAAAAUAUGAAGCCUGGGACAUGAUGAUAGGAGGCGAUGCAAGGGUGUUGGCCAAUGUGGUCAUGGAGCAACUGCUGCCAUCUCUGGAGAAAGACAUGCUGCCUGGCCUCAAAGCCAAGAAGAAUGAGAAGAAAAGAGUUUGGUUUUCUACAGUGGAGGCAGCACAUUUACUGGUCCAGGAGCACCUGUUUGAGGGACUAUCAGCACUGAAGGAGGAAUGUAGGAUGUUGGCACGGCAACAGGAGGUGCUGAUUCACUCCGACAUGGACCAGAUUCUUAACUUGAGAAGGCAGCUGGAGAUAAAAAUCAGAGACAAAUUAGCUGAGCCAGCUGAGAAACUGUGCUCUGAAUCCAUCCAGCCAUACCUGGGCUUGGUCCUGGAGGAGCUGAUGGAGCCAAUCAGUGCAGGGUUCCAGGAAGGACAUCAGCUAACUGAAAAAAUGAUGGACCAGGUGUGUCAGGACACUCUGCAGGGACAUGAUAAUGAACGACUGAAAAAGGCUCUAGCUGCUAUGGUAAGACCCAACCUCUUGAGCUGCUACGAGAAGAUCAGCUCCCUGCAGGCUAAACUGCAACACUUGCAGGAGAGAUUUGGAUUCUCUAACAUCAUAGUAGUGAUUCACAGUGCUCAGAUUGACUUGCAGGAGCUGAUUGAGAAUGCAGCCUAUACAUUUGAGCAGCUGCUCAACAAUGCCAUCCAGGACAACCCAGACGAUGCCAGCUCUACCGUCGAGAAGGUCAAACACAGAGUGCUCAAGCAAUACAACCAUGACAGCAGCACAGUGAGGAAGAGAAUCUUCCAGGAAGCUCUUGUUUCCAUCACUCUGCCCUUCAUCAAGAAGAGCCUGGCGCCUACUUGCAAAACUUAUGGUCCAGCGAAUCAGAGUCACCGCUACUCAUCUCAGCCACCCUCUGGUGGUUUCCCUAGGAAUGCUGCUCACAUUGAGACACCUCAGCUAGCCCAAACCCACCUCCAGAGGAGAAACCUCGCCAUGGACAUCUCACCUGGAGCUCUCACCUCCCAGCUGUGGAGCCCUUAUCGAGACCCCGCCGUCCAUCCGGAUAUCCGACGCAUCCAGGGAGAGAACGCAAAGCUGCUACAGUCCCAAUAA